GUUCACGGCCAAAGUGCAGCAGAGGAAGCUCGAGGCGAGACUUAACGCCAAACUGCUGGACAACGUCUGGCACAAUGUCAACCUGUUCUUCAGGCUUGGCAAUCUGACGCUCAGCGCCGCUGGCCACUCGCAGGUCGUGGCGAACGCAACGCACAACUCGGACAUUCUGUCUUUACCGGACAGCAUGGCCAACGGCACGUUGGUGGUCGGCGAGGCAUUCCGCGGCUGCAUACUGCAAGGCCCCGGAAUACUCUUCAACGAAAGCUUCAACAGCAACGCUCUGCUCGGCAUUUGUCCACUCGACGGCCGAGGAUGUGGAGCGCAGUCACAGCUGAGCGCAAGCGUCUCGGCAGCAUCGGUGGACUGGUGUCAGCAUUCGCCUUGUAUGAUGCAUGGCAAGUGCGUCUCGAGAGCCGACCGCUACGAGUGCCACUGCUACGCCCGCUACACCGGCAACAACUGCCAGAUCGAUCAUGGCCCGGUGUGCCAGAACAAUCCAUGUCGCAACGGCGGUGUCUGCACGGAGGAUGCAAACGGCGACUACAGGUGCGACUGUCCACCGGGCUUCGCGGGAAAACGUUGCGAGUCAGCGGCUGGUGCGAGGCUCUGCGACAUCAGUAACCCAUGUCGUAACGACGCUGUCUGCGUGGAGUUGCCUGAUGCCGAUUACCGAUGCGAGUGUCGGCCCGGCUUCACUGGCAAGAAUUGUGAGAUCGACAUCGACGAGUGCGAUUCAAACCCCUGCCGAAACGACGGCAACUGCACCAACCUGGUCAACGGCUACAGGUGUAAAUGCGAUCGUACCGGGUACGAGGGUGCUAACUGCGAGAUCGACAUCGACGAGUGCGAGAACAAUCCGUGCUUAAACGACGGCAGCUGCUACAACAACUACGGCUCGUACGUGUGCGUCUGUCCACGCGGCCUAGAGGGACAGAACUGCGAGCUGAACACCAACGAGUGUCUCUCGGCACCUUGUCGCAACGGCGGCCAAUGCAUCGACGAAGUCGGCACUUACCGCUGCAACUGCAGCUCCGGUUUCGCCGGCGAGCACUGCGAGCUGUCCUCGCGCAGCAACGCGUUGACCUGCGACAGCGUCGCUUGCCCGCCCAACAGCGUGUGCGUGAGAGACGCUGCCCAUGGCGCGCAGUGCGUCUGUAAGCCCGGCUACGUGGGCAACCCGCCCGACUGUACGAUGAACCAUUGCGCCAGUCAUCCGUGCGCCAACGGUGGCACCUGUACGAGCGUCAAGGAUAAAUACGAGUGCACCUGUCCGCCAGAGUGGAAAGGUAAAAAUUGCCAGCAAAGCGUAGACAAGUGUAUCAGUCAACCGUGCCAGAACGGUGGUACAUGCAUAGAUCGCGCGAACGGAUACACUUGUAACUGCAGCCGCGACUACAUGGGCGACAACUGCGAGCACGAGUACGACGCCUGCGCCGUGAAUCCCUGCCAAAACAACGGUAGCUGUAUGCUCAGCUCGAAGUCACGUCGAGAAUUCGUCUGCGAGUGUUUGCCCGGCUUCGAGGGUAAAGUUUGCGACACCAACGUCGACGAGUGCGUGGGCGUUGUUUGUCCCAGCGACAGGGUUUGCGUGGACGUCGUUAAUGGCUACGAGUGCAAAUGCAGGAACGGAUACAAGGAGCCGAACUGCUCCUUGAUCGUCGAUCCGUGUUUCCAGAAACCGUGCAACAAUGGAAUUUGCUUGGAGAUCGCUGACGACCGUUACAAGUGCGACUGUGGACCUGGCUAUACGGGCGAGCAUUGUGAAGACGACGUGAAUGAGUGCGCGAUGAUGGGCAACUCUCUUUGCAACAAUGGUAUCUGUGUUAAUAGCAUUGGCAGUUACAAUUGUUUCUGCAGACCGGGAUUCUCCGGUGAUCAUUGCGAAAUUGAUAUCAACGAAUGCCUCUGCGGACCUUGUCAACAUAACGGCACUUGCAUCGACAAGAUCAACACAUUCGAGUGUCAGUGUACGCCCGGUUAUACCGGAAAAAUUUGUGACUUGGACGUCAAUGAAUGCGAAAGUGAUCCUUGCAAGAACGGAGCUUCUUGUAUAGAUGAAAUUGCAAGAUACACCUGCAUGUGCGCACCCGGCUUCGCCGGUAUCAAUUGCGAAACGAAUAUCGACGACUGCGAAUCUCAACCAUGUCAAAACAGUGGCAAAUGUAUAGACGGAGUGAAUUCUUAUUCGUGUGACUGCACCAACACCGGUUUCUCAGGCGAAUAUUGCGAGAACAAUAUCGACGAGUGUCUGCCGGAUCUAUGUGUAAACGGCGCCGAGUGCAUUGACGAGAUCAAAGACUACAAGUGCAUGUGCUACGAAGGCUACUCCGGCAAGAAUUGCGAGAUCGAUAUUAACGAGUGUGAGAGCUCGCCAUGUCAGUUCAAUGGCACUUGCCUCGAGAGAUCCAACGAGGCACUUUACAAAGAUGACGUCACCAACAAACCCGCGAUAUUCAUGCAAGAGUUUAGCUAUGCCAAUGCCAGCGGAUACGAGUGUAUCUGUGUGCCAGGCGUGACAGGCAAGAACUGCGAGACCAAUAUCAACGAGUGCGAGAGUAAUCCUUGCAUCGAGGGUGUCUGUAUGGAUCGCAUAGGCGGAUAUAACUGCGAGUGUGACGAAGGCUUCGAAGGCGAACAUUGUCAGAUUGACAUUGACGAGUGCAAACGUUACAAUCCUUGUGAGAACGACGCUAUUUGUUACGAUCGUCGCGCCGAUUACUAUUGCCAAUGCAAAUCUCUGUUCGGUGGUAAAAACUGCUCGGUACCGCUGCUUGGCUGCAAUGGCACCACGUGCUUAAAUAACGGUACCUGCACGCCUUAUCUCAUCGACGAAACUCAACACAAGUUUAACUGUACUUGUCCGAAUGGUUUCCAUGGGGAUAUUUGCGAUAAAACUAGAAAACAGGUAACCACUAUGUCGAUCAAUCACAAAUCGCUCGUCGUCGUAAAAUCAAGUCGUACGGAAGGCUACGACAUUCAAUUCCGUUUCCGCACAACCCUACCCAACCUUCUUCUGGCGAUAGGAGAGGGUAGUACGUACUACUUUUUGAGACUGACAGGCGGCAGGCUUAAUCUAGACUCGAGCCUCUUGAACAAACUGGAUGGAGUAUAUUUCGGUAGUGGUCUGAACGAUUCCAAUUGGCAAAAGGUUUUCGUCGCGAUGAACACUACGCAUCUCGUGUUGUCUGCCAAUGAGGAGCAAACAAUCUAUCCUAUCUCGUGGGAAGGAUUGAACACGACCGUUCAGUCUUUCACCACUACUUACUUCGGAAGUACCGUGAAUUACUUCAAAAAGUUGGGCGAUCCACCUUACUUGCUCGGAUGCGCCGAAGACGUUAUCAUCAAUGGAGAAUGGAUCUACCCGGACAUAGCUUCGGAAAACGUGACUAUCGAGAACGUCGAAUCAGGUUGCCCACGUAUGGACCAGUGCUUUCCAAACCCUUGCAAGAAUAACGGCCACUGUACAGACCGUUGGCGCGAGUUCUCCUGCACGUGCGAUCGACCUUAUCUCGGCUCCACUUGUCAGUACAACAUCACUGCCGCCACAUUCGGCUACGAGAACACAAGCAAUGGAUACGUGACGGUGAAGGUGGCUUCUACGGCGAGGCGCGCUGUACGCACUGUCGUCGACAUUUCCAUGUUCAUUCGCACGCGAGAAGAGCGCGGAGACGUGUUCUAUCUGGGUUCGGAGCCUAAUGCGCCAGCCGACGGCAAAGACAAGACGUACAUCGCAGCGCAAUUGGAGCGCGGCGAGCUACUUGUGAGGAUUCAGUUCAAUGGCACGGAGGCUUACACUGUCAGCGGAGUCAAGUUGAAUGACGGCAACAAUCACUUGAUACAAGUCAUCAGGAAUGUCACAUUGGUGCAGGUCAAGAUCAACGGCACCGAGUAUUUCCGAAAGACCAUUAGCGCGACCGGCCAGUUGAACGUGACGGUUCUUUACUUGGGUGGCUUACCACAGGUCUCGCGCUACAUCAGGCAAGCCGGCGACACCAGAAUCAUGGAAGUGAAUCACGAUCCUCAAGUCAACUUCAAGGGCAUCAUUCAGGACGUUCAGGUUUCCAACGGACUCGAGACUAUGGUCGUUGAGUUUUACCCCUUGAAAGCCGAAGAUAUACCCACUCUGGUGCAAUUUGGCAAUGUGACCUUCGACCCAAAGAAAGUUCUUAAAGGCAUUAUCUCGGACAACGUAUGCGCUUCCAGUCCCUGUCAUCACAAUGGCACCUGCCACGUCACCUGGAAUGACUUUUGGUGCCAGUGUCCACGCGGCUACACGGGUAAAACAUGCCAGGAAAUGGAAUUCUGCCAACUGCAGGACUGUCCAAAUGGCUCGAAAUGUCAGAAUCUCGACGAUGGCUACGAGUGCAUGGCCAACGCGACGUUCGAUGGCGUCAGCACGGCCUUCACUUACAAAUAUCAUCAGUCGGAAUUGACGAAUCUCACGUACGACGAGUCGACGAUAGACAGUAUCAAGAUCACUUACAGAUCGAACACCGGUGGAACCCUGAUGCAUAUCGUUCCGAAAUCGGGUAAUCGACACUUCACCGUCUCAGUCUUCGAAGACAAAGUGACAGUAACCUGGAAGUUGGAUCUUGAGAAUAGUGGUAUGCUGACAUUCGGUAAACCCGAGCCUGACGGAAACUGGACCACGAUACUUUUCAAACUGAACAACAAUUCAAUAGUGUGUGACUAUGAAGACAAAAGCGACGACGAGAUCAAUUCUCAGACGAGUCAAAGCUUUAGCUUUGCUGCGUGGUAUGAGUUAUUGCUCACCGGUACUGUUACCCUCGGCGGCCUUGGAGCACCUUUGUCAGAUCGACACAGCUACAUGACUAUUGGCACCGAGAGACAUAUCGAAACGAGAGAUGGUGUCGCCGGUAAUUCAGUUGAAUACGUUGAUAGGAAACUUACCACUGCCAUGCCUCCUCACAGCAUGCUAUCCGGGGAAGCAUUCAAGGGUUGUUUAGGUGAAGUGCGAAUUGGUAGCAUGCUCCUUCACUACUUUAGCUACGAGAAAGUUUAUCAGAACGCCAAUUUUACGCCCUUGGAGUUUAUGUCGCUGCAGCAAGAUAACUCCUCGAACCAUGACAACAUUGGCUGUCGAUUGUGUUUCGAAAGCCAGUGCAAGAAUAACGCUCAUUGCUUGGACCAAUUUAAUAGCUACAUAUGCAAAUGUCCACCCGGUUAUGCAGAAGACGAUUGCUCGGUCGACAUCGAUGAGUGCGAGAACAACAAGUGCACGAAUAAUUCGACCUGCGUCGAUGGUGUGGCCAAUUACACAUGUGCUUGCAAGAAAGAAUGGCAAGGAUGGCUGUGCGACGAGGACGUGAACGAGUGCGAGAGUAAGCCUUGUCGACACGACGGAGUCUGCGUGAACCUCGUCGGUUCUUUCGUUUGCCAGUGCUCCGAGCAAUAUACCGGCGAGUUAUGCGAGAGUGUCAGGCUCAUCACGUGCGCCGAUCAACCUUGCAAGAACGGCUCGACGUGCACCGAUGUCGUCAACAGCGAGACAGCCGAUAACUUUACGUGCACUUGCAUGCCUGGCUUCGAGGGCUCGCACUGCGACAAGCCCUAUUGCUUGAACAGAAAGUGCGAGAAUAACGGCAAUUGCCUUGAUCAGCAUCAGACGCCACAGUGUUCGUGUCCACUAGGCUUCACGGGUCUCUACUGCGAGACGAACAUCGACGAUUGCGCACCAGAUACCGACGGCAACGUGCCAUGCAAGAACGAAGGCAAGUGCCACGACGGCGUGAACAGCUUCACGUGUGAUUGCGCGGGUACGGGUUACACCGGUCCAGACUGCUCCUACGACAUCGACGAGUGCGAAGACCCGCUGAACGACUGCGGUUUCGGCAAGUGCAAGAAUCUACCCGGAAGCUUCCGUUGUGUCUGCGAGCCGGAUUAUUGUGGGAUGAGUUGCUCGGUGGAGAACCCUUGCAAGAACGACUUCUGCCAGAACGGCGGUAUCUGCGAAUGUGUUGAAGAUUCAGGCUACAGAUGUCGAUGCCCAGACGAUUACACCGGUCAAAAUUGUACCGAGUCGGGCCACUUGCUGGGAAGCCAAGCCCUCGACAUUGCCGUGAUCGUCGGUCCGAUUGUCGGCAUUCUACUUCUCAUUGCCGCUGGCUCGUUAAUCGCCUUUUUCAUGAUGGCAAGGAAGAAGCGAGCUACACGCGGUACUUACAGCCCAUCGGCUCAAGAGUUCAGUAACCCAAGAGUGGAGAUGGAUAAUGUUAUGAAACCACCGCCAGAAGAGAGAUUGAUCUAAAAAAAUUUUCGUCCCCCCCCCCCUCUCUCUCUCUCACUCUCUGUCUCUGUUAGUAAUUUUCGUGAUCUUUUGUAUUUAAAAGAAAUUUAAAUGGACGUUUUUCUUUUUUUUUUCGCCACGAUAUACGCAUUUAUCGAAUCGAGGAAAAACAUCAUUUUUAUUAGUAGUUUUCGAAAGUUUAAUUAUAUAGGAUUACGGUGAUCAACUAUUCUUGUUAAAUAUCAUUCCAUGCAUUUUUGACAUUCCUGAGAAUACGUUCUUACGUAUUACCAUUUGUACUUAAAGAAGGAAAAUUUCUGCGAUACAUUUAUGGAGAUAAAUUGUAACGUAAGACUGAAGAAUUGAUCCAAGUGAUUACAUUCGUUUUGUUAGCAUUAGAGAAAUUUUUCAGUAAACUUUACAUUCCAUGUUGCGAUUCUUUUAAAAAAUAAGCCAGUUUUUGCCUGCCUAAAGAGAAUCACUAAGUGUACUUACUUCUGGACAAGUGUCUUUUUAUCUAAACUCACCAAUCAAAUAACCCGUCCAUUUAGUGCCUAAAGUAUCGUUAAUUUUCAAAAUGAAAUUAUACAAUAACGAGAAUGUGUAUUGAAGUGUAAUACCAUGAUGUGUUUCUUGGCAAUUAUUUUUUCGGCUUCGAUGCGAGCAUCUCAAACGAAUCAUUGAAGUCAAAAUGUAACUUAUUCUGGAAGAAAUUGUGCAUGCUAUUGCAUACAUUUUUUCUUUAUCACGGACGUAAUGCACGAGUUAAUAAAAUGUAACUCGACAUAAGAGUUCCGCGUGUUAAUUUUGUAAAUAGUAUAAUGUGUAAGUUGUAUGUACUUAAGAGAAAUAUUAACGCUUUUAUCUUUAAGAUUUUUUAUGAAAGUAGAUAGUAUUUAAUUUUAAACACGUUAUACGAUUUAUAAUAUUGUAUGUAUUGUAUGUGUACCGACACGACCAAAGUAUCACAUUCGCCCAUUGGCGAAUAAUUCUGUAUUUCAUAAUCCCUACGGUCAGCAAGCUUGCAAAAAUCAGCGUAAUUGAGAUUUUUAUCUAUUGUAAGAUACAAUAUGUCGAUGAUAGCGAAUUUUAGAUGAGUUUUAGACUUUUUAUUGAAUAUAUUUUAUGCGGUAUUUGCAUGAGCAAUUGAAUUGAGUCACUGUCUUAAACGAUAUGAGCAAGACUGACGUUUCAAGUGUAUCACGUGAUUUUUUCUCCCGGAAAAAAUACAACACCUUUAGUUGUUUUUUGAUUAAGAUGCAUCGAUCAUUUUUGACAUUGUUUAAGAAUAAGAAAUGCAACUGUACAAGCAAUAAAGACAGCUCUGAAU